AUGAAUCCAGACACUUCCGAUUUCGAUAAAGCUGUAGAUGUUAAAACAAACAGUGCCAGUUAUCAAAUGCCUUUGGUAAUUUAUUAUGUGCUUUUUGUGUUCAUUUUUCCAGCUUACAUUGUAAUUUUGGUAUGUAUUUUGAAGUGGAGAAAGCGCAUUGUUAUAUUCAAAUCAACUUUUUAUACAAUUUUAAUUCAACAUACUAUCGCCGAUAUUUUGGCUUUGUUAUUUUACGCUUCGCAGAAGUUCCUAUAUGUUACGAUUCCAUACUUUUUGUUCAAGUAUCAACGCUAUAGAAUUGCAGCAGUUUUCUACAACGGUUUGUAUUGGUUCAUGACAAUUCACAGAUUCCUGAUAAUUGUAAAACCAAAUUUAAAAAUGACACAGUGGACUCAAAAAUCGAAACCCUGGAAGGUUUGGAUCCUUUUCUGGGGUCCAUCCAUCAUUCUGAGCGCCGUUUUCUUUUCAGAUACCGAGAUUGGUUUCGAUUCUCUUGAGAAAAUGUUGCUAGCGAUGGAUCCAGAAAUUAUAAGUAGAUACACUCGAAUAAUAUUCUUGUAUCUUCUGGUAACCUGUCUAGUUUGUUUGACCACUUAUGCCAUGAUUUUUAAAUCUAUAAGAAUCAAGAGUCAUUCGGAAUCCAACUACUUUUUCAAUUGGUGGCAGAUGGGAGUGUAUGCACUAUUUUUCCUUUUUAUUAAUCCUUUAUCUAUUUUCGUUUUUAUUUUCAUUUUGAAAUUAAGAAGACAGGGAGGACUAUUCAAGACAGCAUUUUAUACAAUACUAAUUCAGCAGAACAUUGCUGAUUUUAUAUCUCAAUUAUUCUACUCUGUUCACAGAUUUGUUUUCGUCAUACUUUUUCAUUUAAUAUUCUACCAUCCAGAACUAAAAAUCGCCGCAAUUUAUUACAACGGAAUCUAUUGGUGUACCAUAUUCCGAGUGAAUGGAAUACUUUUCAUGACCAUUCACCGAUUCCUAGUCAUUGUGAAACCAGUUCACAAAAUCACUUGGUUCAUCCAACAAGCUAAACCCUGGAAAAUAUGGUCCAUUUUUUGGUUGCCUUCAAUAAUACUCAGUCUCUUUUAUUUCAUGGACCCUGAAAUCGGAUUUGAUUCUCCUGAAAAUAUGUCGAUGUCUGUGGAUUUCUCAAUUGUUAACAUUCUCAUCUGCUUACUUUAUAUUACUUGUGCUGCGUGUAUUGUUCUUUAUGGAUCGAUUCUGCAGUUUAUCAAAGAAGAAAGUCACUCGAUCUCGCAAAUACAGAAAAGAGAAAUCCGCCUUGUUUUUCAAGUACUUCUCUCAUUUUUUGCUCAAUUCAUUUUUCUUAUUUACUUCCUGAUUGUACAUGCAUAUACCCUUUUGGAUGAUAACAACGGAGUAGUGGAAACGAGAAAAUACUAUCCGAUUGCGUAUGGUACUCUAUCUUACAUCACUCCAUUCACCAUAUUAAUUUUUAACAAAGAUGUUUCUCGAAACAUUCAAAAUCUGAUAUCGAAAAAAACUAAGGAUGGAAUAUCGGAAUCACUUGGCGGUUCAAUAACAGUCCAGCGGAGAAACACUGGAACCAUGUUGAUAUAA